GAGGAGGAGCCGGGGGAGCGCACACGUGAGGGAGGGAGAACGUGAUGGUCGGGAGGAGAAGGAAAGAGAGCUUCCGCGGUUCACAACGUCGACUGAGAUGUGUUGAUUUCAGUCGAUUGAUUUUUAGUACGACCCUUAAAAAAUAUGAAAACAAAUAGAAUCCCACGGCGCCGCGACGCGGAACCCCUAAACCCCAUGGCGCCGCCGCCCCGUCGUCUCCUGUGAUGGCGGCCGCCGCCCCCGAAUCUGCUGCCGCCGCCCACCCCGACGACCUCUACGGCUUCCUCCGCCGCGGCCUCCGCACCCACGCCGCCGUCCUCCGCUCCCACGCCUUCCUCCUCCGCCGCGGCCUCCUCCUCGGUCACCCCGUCCCCGCCGGCCUCCUCCUCACUGCCUCCGCCUGCUCCGCCGCCUCGCCGCCCGCCCACAUCCUCCGCCUCCUCCUCCGCCACCUGCCCCCUCCCCUCCCGCUCUUCUCCCUCGAUGCCGCGCUCCGGGCCCUCGCCCCGCGCAUCCCCUUCUCCGCCCUCCUCUCCCUCUUCGCCACCCUCCUCCGCUCCCACCAUCCUCUCUUCCCCGACCGCUUCUCCUUCCCGCCUCUAUUCUCCGCCGCUGCCUCGUCCGCGUCCCCGCGGUUCCACCUCCCCUCCGCGCUCGCCCUCCACGCGCAGCUCCUCCGCCGCGGCCUCCUCUUCUCGCCGCCGCCCCACGCCGGCAACGCGCUCCUCCACUUCUACGCCGCCGCGGGCCACCUCCCAUUGGCUCGCCACCUGUUCGACGAAAUGCCGUUCAGGGACAUCGCGUCCUGCAACACCAUGAUGACGGCCUAUGCAGGCGCAGGUGGCAUUGAUACCGCACGCCAGCUGUUCGAUGGAAUGCUACUGAGAAAUGCGGUGUCUUGGAAUGUUAUUAUCAAUGGGUACGUGAAGGCUAAGCGGCCUGAGCAGGCACUGGAGGUGGUGCGGUGGAUGGCGCAUAUAGGGGUGAGGGGGACAGCGACGACAAUGGUUGGGGGUGCCACAGCGUGCGCUAGGCUGGGGAAGCUGAGGGCCGGGAGGGAGGUACAUUGUGCGUUCUUGCGCCGUUUCGAGGAUGACAACCUGUUGGUUUGGACAGCAUUGGUUGAUAUGUAUGGCAAGUGUCGGAGGGUCGAGGCAGCGAGGAAGGUGUUUGAUCGGCUUAGCAUGAGGAAUCUGGUAUGCUGGAAUGCAAUGAUCAUCGGGCAUUCCGUUUAUGGUGAACCUGAUGAAGGGAUCAGACUGUUCCAUGAGAUGAUCAGACCAGGGAAUGUGCAACCAGAUGGAGUCACUUUCAUUGGUAUUCUCUGCGCCUGUGCCCGUUUAGGUCUCUUGGACGAUGGGAAGGCAUAUUUUGAGCAGAUGACCACCAUGUACAGCCUCAAGCUGACAUUUGCGCACUAUUGGUGCAUGGCCAAUCUAUAUGGGAGUGUUGGGCUUCUGGAAGAAGCUGAGGGCCUCUUAAGAAGUGUGCCAGAUGAGUUGAAGGCACGGGCUUUGGGUGGUUUGCUUGGGUUGUGCCGGUUCCGGGGGGAGUGGGGACUUGGGGAACGGAUAGCCCUCAGGUUGAUUGAGUUGGAACCAAACAAUAAUGCUCACUAUGCGCUGCUUUGCAGUGUGUAUGCUGCUGCAGGAAGAUGGGAAAAUGCUCACAGGGUGAAGACUAUGAUGAAGGAAAGAGACGUGAGAUUCAGCCCUGGACAUCGCCUGGUGAACUUAAAUGAGAUAGCCCAUGAAUACAGGGUUAGGGAGAGGCGACUUGAGAAUCAGGAGAUAUAUGCAAUCUUGGAUGACUUGGUUUCAGGGUUGAAGUUAGGUUGCAGAGAGAAUGAACAAAGUGAAUCAGGCAUAAAGUAGUUCGGAUACACGCACGAAUCAUUUUUGGAGCUGCACAGUUUUUUGAGUGGGCAGCUUCCGGAGGUUGUAAGACAGGGUUUGAAGAAGUGCACAUCUUCGGAUGUACUAUUUGUACAAAACCACUUAAGAGUAUAUUGCAGCAGAAAUGCCUGGAGUGGUGAUUUGCACCUGUUGACAUAUGCAACCUUUGUUGUGUGGUUUGUGUGAUCUGUCAAGCAAACUCAGCAUGCAUGCCCUGUUGUUCCAUGGAAGCAAGGUCUCUGGUCUCUGCCUCUGGUAGCAAGUUUGGGGUCUGGAGGAAAAGAUGGAGGUUAGAAGAGAUAGCAUUGCAAUAUGUCAGGGAGCUAUGUGCUGGUGGAUGAAAGAAAUCACGAUCGAUCUGUGUGAGAUAAUAUGGUGGAUAGAGCUGGCUGAAGUAGGCCUGAUCCGACGGUAUUUGUCUGUCACAAAACAUUUACCUGACCUGACGAUGAAGGGGUACAUCCAUAAGAUUUGUUUUUUACUUUUUUGCCAUGGACACUCAGUCAGGCUCCUGUAGAGGUUUAGUUUUGACAUUUUUGCAGAAAUUAGCAUGGUCGAAAUAUUGUAUGCCUGAAAAAACUGAACUCCCCAUGAUGGCAUUGUGAGAGAUCCCUUAAUUGUUGUAGGGGCAAAAAAUAGAGAGAGAGAAUGAAUAAUUACUCACACUAAUUCUUUGUAUUUGUGUUAUUAUCAGUACAUUGUUGGGCAAAUGGAAUUAUUGGUUCAUAGAUUUGUUUGAAUAUGAAUUUGGGAUUAAAGGUGGCCGAUACAAAGGGAGGCUGCUGUCUACACUGAAUGAGAAUGAAGCCAGCCAGGAGAAGAGAGCCAUUGGUGACGGACUGGGUCGGCGCUGGCAGCGAGGCUAGACGAUCUCGCGCGCGCUCGGCGCCAGCCAGCCAUGAGGACGGCGGCGGCGGCGGCCUCGCCCUCCCGCGAGGAACUCGUCUACACUGCUCAGCUUUCGGAGAAGACCCACCGCUACGCAGGUACCCUCCCUCCGCCUUUCUCCAUGCUGCUUGCAGCUUGCCUGUUUCGGGCUCGAUUGGCCCCCGCGGCGGAGGCAGCGUGCAUUGCUGCUACGGUUUCCUUGCUGCUCCCUUCUCCUUGUUGCUGCAGCAGGCGUGAGUUCCCGCCUUGUUUUGCUUUGCUUUGAUUUUGGUCUGCUCCCAGGUCCGGACCCAAUUGGUUGGGUUGCAAUCUGCGCUGCGCUUGUUUGCUUGGGGUUUCGUGAGUUGCAACUCCCGCACAACUACGAUACCCGUGCAGUGCACAUGAAUUUGUGAGGCGCUUUGUUUUCUACUCCAUUGUGUUUGGUCCGCUCCCAACUCGAAUCGAAUUGGCUGCAUUGCAUGCGAUUGGCGGUUUCGCUUCGUUUCCUUUUGUUUCGUCAGGGAGGCCGCUGCUACAAGGAACGCGUGAUCUUUGAUCGAUUUCUCAUGCGGGCGAUGAGUGAGAUGGAUCGACUCUGUGUGGAUGGAUGGGUUCUUCUGCCGUUCCCUUCUCUGGAUUGCUUGUAUCAAUCACACAGACACAUUGAUUUGCUGCUGCGUUGUUCUAAUUACUGCUCUUCCUUCUAACUGGAAUUCUGUUGUGUUGCAUUUCUCGAGUUUUCUUCAUCCAGUCAUCCACCUGCAGAUUUCAUUUCCUUUCUUGGCAUCAUCAUCUCUGCUCUGCUCUGAUGGAGCCCUCCAGAUCAGAGUCAGUUGGGUUGGGCUGUUGGUUGUAUCUGUUGCGCUGCUUGAUUAGGAAGCGCGGAUUGGACUUCCUGCCUGCCUGCAUAUUAUCAGCCAGCCGUUUGUUUCUAUUGUUUACACAGAUAUGUUAGAGGCGAUGAUCAGUAUCGCAAAGCUGGACACGGAGCUCACAGAGGUGGAGAGGGGCCUCUUCUGCAUGGUCUACCACAGCGUCAUUGAUGAAAAGUUCCUGGAGUGGCAUGCCCUCUCGUCCUUUCAGCUCAAGCAGGGGAAGAAGGGUAACUGGAAGGCUGAGAAGGCAGCAACAGAGUUCCGCCUCAAGGUGGAGGCUGAGGUAGAUGCAAGCUGCUAUCAUGUGAUCAACAUCAUCGACAAGCAUCUUCUUCCAUCUUCCUCUACUGCUGCUCAGAGCUUUGGUCUUCUGCCACAAAAUGUGACCACAUUUACUUUUGUUAAUUCCUGUCCAACGUGUUAGGAGAACUCGGGGGGCAUUUGUUUGAGAUGCUUUGCCUUUUGGUUUCAGGGAGGGUAAUUGCUACAAGACUCUCUCUGAGUUGAAGGAUAUGUCUCUUGGCUUUAUGAAGGGAAUUUGCUAUGGCACUCUUAGGGGCGAAAGGAAGGAAGCAUCUGACCUAUCAUUGAAAGCAUACAAGAUUGCUUCGGACAUCGCAGAGGCAAACCUUUGUCCAACAAACCCCUUCCGGUUGGCUCUAUCCCUAGACAUUUCUGAGUUUUAUUAUGAGGUCACACGUUCAACUGAGAGGGCUUGCCGAGUUGCAGCAGAUGCUCUCAAUGAAGCUGAAUGUGUGCUCGACUCACCCGGCAGAGAAUGAAGAGGAGUGAGCAUGCUGACCAAGCAAUAUAUGGGACUUCUGAGGGAUAGGCUCGCGCACUGGAAUUCUGAAAAGUCUGAUGAUGGAGGGGCUGACAUUGGGCACAAGAAGGUGGAAGACCCUGAUGAAUCAUCCAAGGCUUACCAGGCAUGCCUUUUCUAAACCCAGCAGUUAACCCGUAGAUCAGCUGAUGACUCUGAUGGGGAGCAAGCGGUGGAGCUGGACCUGAGCGACUAGGAGGACUACCAGACGGCGCAAUACCUGUCUGGGAACAACAACAGGUCCAGAACCCAGAAAGUGUUAUGGUGGACGUUGGAUAUAUCGAAGGAGAAGAUGCCCUAAGUGAGUAGCAAUUUUACCUGAGCUGACCUGGCCUGGCCUGUGGUCCUCGAUGGCCAGCCAAUCUUGUGCAUGUAGAUGGAGGAGAGAUAUAUAUGUCCGUGGCAUGAAUGAUACGUGCAAAUGACAUGCUGAAAAGGAAUGAUAUGGUAGUUGGCUGUUGCUCGCUCGUGCUAGGCUAGCUGCUUGGGAUAUAUGGAGAAGAAUGGUUAAUUCAAGGACGAAGAUGUUUCUUGUUGGCUUGUGAGGCAUGCACCUCGCUCUAUGGUAGGCAGGCACAAGAUGCGGCGGAGGAUAGAGAUGGAGAGCCCAUGAGAUGGAGAUGGUGUUAGAUAUAUAUAUAUAUUGCUUUGUAUAAUAUCCUUAGCCUAUAAGAGGAUUUUUGCAUAUUGUUAUCUGUAUAUGUGUAUAUAUUCUGAUCCAUGGUGGAAUAUAAGUUGAGCCAAAAUUUAGU